CCGAAUGUGAGACCCAGGUGCUCAGCCUCUUCCAGCGCUAGAGGGCCAAGGCUGCAAAGACCACCUGCUCCCUGGGUAGCUGCUCGGCAGCCCACUCCCACUCCGGGCCUCCCCUUGGGACGUGGCAUCUCCAGUCUGGAAGCGGCGUCUCCAAAUUCUGAUUGAGAUCUGAACCAAGGAGACGGGGAGUCCAGGUUGAAACCCAAAGGACCAUGUUCUACUAUCCGAAUGUGCUUCAGCGCCACACCGGCUGCUUCGCCACCAUCUGGCUGGCAGCAACUCGUGGCAGCCGGUUGGUGAAACGCGAAUACCUGAAGGUGAAUGUGGUGAAGACCUGUGAGGAAAUCCUCGACUACGUGCUGGUCCGAGUGCAACCCCCGAUGCCCGGCCUGCCCAGGCCCCGCUUCUCUCUCUAUCUAUCUGCGCAGCUCCAGAUUGGAGUUAUUAGGGUCUACUCUCAACAAUGCCAGUACCUUGUGGAGGAUAUCCAGCACAUCCUAGAGCGCCUAUACCGGGCUCAGCUACAGAUCCGCAUCGAUAUGGUCGAGGCUGAACUACCCAGCCUGUUGCUUCCCAGCCACCUGGCCAUGAUGGAGGCCCUGGAAGAUGCUCCAGACCCCUUUUUUGGGAUGAUGUCUGUGGAUCCCCGACUUCCCAGCCCUUUUGAAAUCCCUCAGAUUCGACAUCUCUUAGAAGAAGCUGCAGCCCCAGAGAGAGUUCAUGAGGAGGCUCCUCCUGAAGUUCCUACAGAGCCCAAGAAGCCAGACACGCUCUUGGUCACUAUGCUGUCUCCUGAGGGCAUCACGCUCCAGGAGGUAGAGCCCAUCCGUAUGCUGCAGAUCGAGGGUGAACAAGAUCUCCCAGAGGUCAGCCGACGAGACUUGGACCUGCUGAUUGCAGAGGAAGAUGAAGCGAUCUUAUUAGAGGAAUAUCGGAAGGGCAAGCCUCCCCGGGAGCCUAGGGUCCACCCUGCGCUGGAUGAGUCCAAGGAAGAGCCCCGGGCACUGGAGGGUGACAUUGUAGUCCCCUCAACCUCACCUCCAGCUCCUGUACAGAUAGAAGGGAUUGAAGAGCCACUUCCUGGUCAGGUCCUGGCCCCUGAAGAGCUGAAGCCGGUAGGCUGGGAGCCCAGUGCCGUACUCCCUGAGGUGACUCCCCCACAGGAGCUGGGCCUGCCGGCCCCACCCAGUCCAGAGAAGCGGCCCCCACCUCCUGGUAGCCCACCAACUCGCCGCCGCCGUCGCCGCCAGUUACUGUUCCUGGACAAGGAAACUCAGAUCUCCCGGAAGAAAUUCCAGGAACAACUACAAACCAGAGCUUACUGCUGGGAAUGUCCAAAGGUGCAGCCACCUGAGAAGACCAUCAUAAGCCCUGCAGAGCUAUUCCAAACCCCAACACUCUCUGGCUGGUUACCCCCAGAACUACUGGAUUUCUGGACCCACUGUGCCCAGAUUCCCCCAAGAGUGCCCAGGCGAAGACCAUCCCUGGAGGCUGAAGAGGAGGCUGCUGCAAGGGAGGCAGCAGCUGAGGAGGAAAGGAGGAAGACUGAAACUCUGAGUGAGAUCGAGGUCCUGAGAGAGGCCCAGGAGCCCAGCGGUCCCCUCAUGCUAUCUUCAGAGCUCUCCCUAGAAGCGGCCGAAGAGGAUAAGUCCCGAAUCAGCCUUGCUCUCCCAGAAGAAAGGUGGGCCUGGGCUGAGGCAGAGCAGCCAGAGCCCCCCGCAUUGCCAGUGGUGCCCGAGCUCCCCGAGCUCCCCAUGGAACUCCCCUUGGAGCUGCCCCCUGAGGCUGAGCUACUCUCCCUGGAGGCUGUACACAGAGCAGUGAUGCUGGAGCUCCAGGCCAACAGGGAGCCCAACUUCAGCAGCCUAGUGCCCCCUCUCAGCUCUCGCAGGAUGGCUGCCAGGGUCUUCUACCUGCUCUUGGUGCUCUCAGCACAGCAGAUUUUUAUUGUGGAACAAGAGAAGCCAUAUGGGCACCUCCUGAUUCGGCCAGGGCCCAGAUUCCACUGAGGGUAGAGCCCAUUUAAAGGCU